UUAACCGAUAUCUCAUUUUCAACUCGCGUGGUCUAACACAAUUGCAUUUACGAACGCGCGGGAUGAUAUUUAUUGCCAGGGAUGGCUGAAGAUAAAAUUGUUCUUUAAUGCUUUGUUGGACAAUGCACACAAUUUAUUGAUAAAUUUGCAAGUCUAAACAUUCAUCAGGGACUCGAUUUAUGGUAAUGGCAGAAUCUGAUUUGUGACAAAACAUUAUCUGCUGGAGAUACUAAAAACUUUUGAUACGAGGAGCUAUGAAAAAUUCGACGUAAUCGGUAGUGUUGGUUUUCUCUAGUGUCAUCUUUGGUAUAUAGCAGUAAAGAUUUAGUGUUUGAAGCUUGAUUGAUAUUUAGCAAAACUCAUCCAGACAUCAAUCAUUUUUUUUCCCGAAAUGUUUCACGUCAAGGAUAGAAAGGAAAUUAUAUCAAACAUAUUCGUCUGCCAAAAUAAGAGAAUGUAGUGGUAUAUAUUUCAAUAUUUCCUCUUUAUUUCAGUUAAGUAUUUUUUCUGUACAACGUUCUAGAUUAUUCUGAAUAACAGGAAAAAAUUACUUGGAUAUUCUUGUAAUUCUACUCUAUUUAUUUAUAUACAGUUUUUGACUUUACAGUUGUUUUUGUCUUACAAAUGGAACAGUUAUAUUAAAAUUGAUACAAAUCUAGUUUCUACACACGGUGCUGAAAACCAGAACACAACGACAGUAUAUCUUAAACACUUAUUUAGUGAUAACAUUUCUAUAUUCUGUGUUUUAAUAAGAUUAUUAUUUUAAUCUAAGUUGGAGACUUUAAUAAUGAGUCAUAACGUAAGUUACAGCUUUCCUGAGCUUGAGAAGACUUCUAAUGUAACAGCUGUACAAAAUGUGACCGGAAGUGCCGCUGACCAGGAAUAUUAUGAUUUAUUACGUCACCCUAUGUAUAUGGUGAUAAUUUACUCCCUGGCUUAUACGACCAUCAUGCUGUUUGCAAUCGUCGGAAACGUGAUGGUCGUCGCUGUGGUGGUCAGAAAUCAGAGUAUGCAUACUGUAACCAACUACUUCAUCGUAAACCUCGCUAUAGCGGACAUUAUGGUGGCGCUGAUAUGUCUACCUAUGACAUUGCUGUCUAAUAUAUACACAGGUUGGCAUUUUGGAUGGUUUAUGUGUAAAGCUACGCCAUAUCUCCAGGGCGUGUCCGUCUGUGCCUCUGUAAAUACGCUGGCUGCUAUCGCUGUUGAUAGAUACCUCGCAAUAUGUCAUUCGAUGGAACUGAAGAUAAGUAAAAAGGCUUGUAAGAUAAUUAUACUCGUAAUAUGGAUUAUUGCCUUUACAAUCAUGAUCCCAUGGGCUGUGUACUUCCAGCUUGGAACUUAUAAAAAUAAAUAUCAAGAAUUCCCAGUGUGUUAUGAAAACUGGCCGAAUGAAGCGAACAAAAAGUACUAUUUUCUUGGAGCAAUAUUUUUGUGUUGUUAUUCGGUUCCUUUGGUACUUAUCGUCGCAUGUUACCUGCUUAUCGGUGUAAGAGUUUGGCGGCGGCGAGCACCAGGAGAGAAGAAUUCUAGUUUAGGAGUGGUUCAUAAGUCAAAGGUUAAAGCUGUAAAAAUGUUGGCUAUUGUCGUAGUUCUUUUUGCAUUUUCAUGGUUACCGUUGUAUGUUAUCCGGUUAGCUAACUUGUACGGAGUUCCAUCAGAUAAAAAUGUUGCGAAAAUUGUGAACGAAAUUAUCAAUCCCAUUGCCCAAUGGCUGGGAUCCUCAAACAGCGGAAUGAAUCCUAUAAUUUAUUGCUUCUUCAGCAAAAGAUAUCGGAGUGGUUUUAAGGACGCAAUAACAUCAUGUUGCAGGCGGAAUGAGGAGAGGUUUGGAACAAGAACUCUGGCAAGUGCAAUGGCUGCACACUCAUAUAUGAACGGAAGUUCUAGGAAAUUAAGAAAGUCAUAUCCUUUUCAAAUGCUCGCCUUAGGUAAACCACAAGAGUCAGGUAGUGUGGAACCUCGUGCUGUUUUGUGCAAGUCAACAUCCAAUACAGACAAAACGUCAUUUCUGGAGGCAGAAAAUGGACAAUAAUAGCUUAUAUUAUGUUAUAAUAUUAUAUUGUUUUAUACGCACAUUACCGUACCAGGUAUUAUUGACGGUGACAUUCUAAAUACGAAAUAUACGAGAUUAAAUGAAAAUCCGGAAACUGCUGCUGGUCCUACUUUGCUGAAACUUGAAAAUCUUACAGAGUAGGAUAUAUUCAAUUUGACUUAGUUAAUACGAAUUUCAGUAUAUGAACAGUAUAUACUAUAUCAUUAUUACGGCAGCAGCACGACUAUUAAAGCGGUCGUGCGUCAUUGUGACGCCGUUCAUAUCAAACAAAAUUGAUCAAUAUACAAGCCUUCAAUGUUUCUCUCCAUUGAAUGAAUAUCCUACACGUUCAAUGGACAAAUAAAAACUAUUCAUAUAAAUUCUCGUUAUACUAAUGAAAUGGUACACUGAACUAUAUGAAGCAUAGAUCCGUAUCAAGGAGUAACUGGAGUUUAUCGGGUUUACGGCGUCUGAUCUGUGAAACAUUAGCAUAAUUCUUCGGGGGCACUGUCCUUUCAGCCUUGAUAUUCGAUUCAGAACACACAACAUUGCCUGAACUCCGUUCAACAUUCAUUUUGAAGCGAAGUACAAAACAAUAUCCGAAGCAAAGAUUCAAUUAGACAUGUACUUAUUUACAUUAUGUAACUCUUUCAUCGAUUUUUGAUGACAUAUGAAGAAAUAUUAGCACUUUUCAGGCGUAAUUACUGAACAUCCCUCGUGUAUUAAAUACAUCACAUUUUCCUCUAAGACAUUUUGUAAAUAAAACAAGAUCAGGAAGACAUAAAAGUGAAUAAGGUAAGCCCUUUGCGUCCAAGUGUCAUCUUAUGGCUAUCGAAUUAUAUUAGAGAAAUACGCGUAAUAUAGCACGGCGAAUAGACGAUGAAAUCUAAUAACUUGCAAUAAAACACAAGAUUGAAUUUAUCAGAACAUUGUACAUGAACCGCUGCAAUCAUUGAUAUUACCUACAAAAUGGGGUACUAGUUGUAAAGGUUAAUCUAAAAUCUAUGAAAUUGUACCGCAAGCUUUUAUUUGAAUUAACAAUGCAAAUUAAUAUAAGAGCUGCCAGCCUAUCAUAUAAUUUGAUGUAAUAAGGUAAAAAACCAGCGCGUACCAAUAGAUGUGAGUGAUUGUCAAUUACAUCAGACCGUACUUUGAUAUAUAAUAAUUAUUUCAUUCAAUCUAAAAUUCCUCGAAUGACUAGACAACAAGUAUUAUAACAGCCUGAAGUUUAUAAACUUGACCUUCAAAAUCGCAAUGUAGCGUCUUUUAACAGACCAAAUGAAGUUUAUUUUUACGGGUUCAGGCGACGAAUGUACUUUACGUUAGUAACCUUCAAGUUGAUUAAUUACGACAUAUAUAUAAACUCUUUUUACAACCUUGUGUUCACUAUUGCAGUCGGUGUAGGUACUGUUUAAUAUCAUUUGUUCAUAAAUAUAUUUGCUGAUUAAUCAAGUCAAGUUUGAAUAUGACGCAUCUGAAACAGAAAAUAGUUUGAAAGAAAACGCUUAAUAAUAUUUUAUUCUGGUUGCGCAUGAAUACAUCCUAAUUUCUUUGAGCGCAGAACACUUUUGUUGCAAAUAAUUGUUUUUCAUUAAAGAUGAUUGAUUGUUUUGUCAACCUAUGUUACCUGGAAUCUGUUAUUAAACAUAACUCAUUAUAUAAAUCGUUGGUCCAUAGCUCAUGUUACAUGACAGACCUAUAUUGAACACGUGUACUUGGCUAAUAAGUCAAAAUAUAAAAAUAAAACUGUGAAAAUGGGCAAUAGGUUUUAGUACUGACCGGAAAGCUAUUCAGUAAGUUUAUGAUGUUGUCUCAACCGGGAAUAUUACGAACAAAUUUAUAUCCUAUACUGCAUGGUAACUUCAUCGGUAGCCAUUUGUUAGCUCCGUAUAAUGCCAUAUCUUUUUAUGUGUUCUUAACCUACGUCACAUUAAAUUCUGAGAACAUUGAUGAAUUUAGCGCUAUUAGAUCUAUUUGAAAUUGCACAGUCCUGUCUUUUUCCCCAGUAUGGUAUUUCAGCGGAUCCUUUUGAUGUAGUAAUAUACAUGAGAACAGUAUAUCAUUAUAAAGUUUAUGUAAUGUAAUAUGUAAUUAAUGACUCUUGUAACUUGUGUUUAUAAUUUUGAAGUUUAUGUGGUAUGCAUUUUUGUGAGAGAAAAUGAUUUCAGAACUAUUCGCCGUUCUCAACAAACAGGUGACAAAAUGUCUCGGGUUACCAAUGAAGCAUUAAACGAAUACGAUUUAGAUACAAAUCAUAUACAGUAUCCUUGCUGGUGAUCUAACAAAGGUGUAUAAAACAAACGAUCAGAACAUUGUACUCUUACAUACUUAUACAUUUUUAUAAAUGUUUUUUUUAACCUACAAAAAGGAUAUGAAAUUGUGUGCUUGUUUCUCUUUUAUUGAACGUUCUUAAAAUAAAACUACAUCUGUACCCCAAAGAGUACCAAAAGUUCUUUAAAAUGACCUGACUUUCAACUUUACUGAGUGUUCAACGUUUUAGUAAUUCAUUUGGUAACUAUUGUGCAUAUAUGCUUUCACAUACAUUGGGUACUCUGUGGGGUAGAGAUGUAGUUUUAUUUCAUUUUUCAGGCUAGUACACGAAACUUUUUUCGCGCAUAUAAUUGGUAAACGGAAAAAUAACAUUUUUUUAUAUUUGACACCGUACAUGUACAAAAGAUAAAGAUAAUAGGUAAGGGCAGAUUUCUCGGAAGCACAGAGCACCAAAAUCACAGCCCCAGAGCCACGCAUUUACAUAGUAGGCCCACAACAAAAAGAAGCUGUAAUGGAAAAAUAUUUCAGACGGGUUGCUUCAAACAUCCAACAAGUACAUAUUAAUAUAAGCUAAAUAUUGAUAAAGAGGAAGGAAGUGUUAAAGGGCGAAAUGGGGUCGGGGCUGGGUGAGGAAUCCGAAGGGGAAAGUUGAACAAGGACGAAUAUACAAGGGAAUGCCAUGUUCUUUAAAAACAGUCGCACUACAACGCAAACCACAAUAGCACAGACACUCAUGUACCAACGAUAAACACACAACGACGAUCAACUGAAUAACAUAAAAAAACGAACAAGCAACACAUAAGAAAACAGUAGGGCACCGUUGUA